AUGAAGUUCAUGAAAGUUGGCCGUGUGGCCAUCAUCACCCGUGGCCGUUACGCCGGUAAGAAGGUCGUCAUUGUCCAGCCUAACGAUGCUGGCUCCAAGUCGCACCCCUUCUCCUACGCCAUCGUCGCCGGUAUCGAGCGUUACCCCCUCAAGGUGACCCGUGGUAUGGGCAAGAAGCUCGUCGACCGCCGCAGCCGCAUCAAGCCUUUCAUCAAGGUCGUCAACUACAACCACUUGAUGCCCACCCGUUACACUCUCGAGCUCGAGGGUCUUAAGGGUACCGUCUCCAACGACACUUUCAAGGAGGUUUCCCAGCGCGAGGACGCCAAGAAGACCAUCAAGAAGGCCCUUGAGGACCGUUACACCAGCGGAAAGAACCGUUGGUUCUUCACUGCCCUGCGUUUCUAA